CAUUUUAUCUCCAACUCUCAACAUUCCCUGACGAGAACAAAAGCAAACCCAAAACAAGGAAACACAAAAUGCUGCCCAAGAGACGCUUUGAUGCUCAGUGGGAAGAAGAACUCAACGCCGGAAAUGGCGCUGCAGCUGGUGGAAGAUCAUCAUCAAUCCCUUCUCCAAAGAGAUUCAGAAACGCGGUGAGAGAUGUUCUUGGGAAGCAAUCCAUGGCGGAUUUCGCUUCCAGCAUGGAGCCCUUUCUACGAUCAGUGAUUCGUGACGAGGUCGAGAAGACAGUUGCUCAAUUGCUAAGCCGACGACCAUCCUUCGAUUCUUCCAGAACGUCUUUUCAAGAAUCAGGGGUGAAGAAGAAGAAGGGUUUGGUUCUUCACUUCGUGAACAAACUUCCUUCCCGCAUCUUUACCAACGGCAGGAUCGAAGCCGAGGACGGGAACCCCGUCAGGAUCGUGCUCCUCGAUGCCGCCUCCAAUACAAUCGUCAACUCGGGUCCGCUGUCUUCCCUCAAGAUUGAAAUCGUUGUCCUGGACGGCGAUUUCGGCUCCGACGAAGAUUGGUGCGCCAAGGAUUUCAACGACAGUGUUAUCAAGGAACGGGAAGGGAGGAGGCCGCUGGUGGCCGGAGAGCUCAGCGUUGUGCUGAAGGACGGAGUUGGGCAGAUCAGCGACGUGGUUUUCACCGACAACUCCAGCUGGCAACGGAGCAGGAGAUUCCGGCUGGGCGCUAGGGCGGUGCAGAGAGGCGAUUCGAAGGAAGCUGUUAGGAUUAGGGAAGCCAGAAGUGAGCCUUUUGUGGUCAAGGAUCAUCGCGGUGAACUGUAUAAGAAGCAUUACCCUCCAAAAUUGGGAGACGAGGUUUGGAGGCUGGAGAGGAUAGCGAAAGAAGGUGCAUUCCACAAGCGUUUGUCCGCCAACGGAAUCAGCACCGUGAAAGAGUUUCUCAAGGCCUACGUCGUUGACCAAACUACUCUGAGAAGCAUUCUAGGAGGUGGCAUCUCGAAUAGGAUUUGGGACUCGAUUGUCGAGCACGCCAAUACAUGUGUGCUCGAUGAUGAAGCCAAGUUCUACGUCUACAACGACCAUGCUCAAGGUGUCAGACUCUUGUUCAAUUCGGUGUACAAGCUUGUGGGUGCCAUGUUUGACGAUGGGCAUAGCUAUGAGCCUCUCGAUAGACUAACCCCUCCCCAAAAAGUUCUGGUGGAGAACUCAAAAAGGCAAGCUUACAGAAACUUGGAAGGCUUGAUCCCGAUGGAUUCUCAUUCAGCUUUCGGACCCACACGGCAACUCCCUCUGCCGCCGCCGGCGGAAAUCCAACUCGAUCCCUUACACAUCUCCAACAAUCUCGACGUUCGCCAGCUCGAUUUCCCAGUCCUCCGCCACGACGAAUCCGAGCUGCAUCUGGAUUUCAACAACAACUACGCGACCAGCUCAUCAUACAACAUCAGCACGAACAACGCCAUGAGCCCCAUCCAACUCAGCCCGUUCCUACGAACUGCGAGCUUCAAAUUCUCCGGCGGCGGCGGCGGAGGACAUUUCUCCAUCCCGCACGAGUGCGGAGGAUGGCUGCAAGGCGGCGGGUCGUCUUCAUGGCCGGUAGCCGCAUCCUCGGAGGACACGGAGGUGGUGGCUGCAGCUUCCCCUGCUCCAUGGGGACCUCUGUUUUUCACGCCGGGGACCACGGAAGAAGAAGCGGCGGCGGCAUUUCUGUCAUCGUUCCCAAGCUUCGGCGCCAACCGGAUGGAUUUCCCGGCUGCCAUGGGGAAGCCGAAGGCCUGUUGGUGCAAGGUUCGGGCUGCGUUGAAGGUCAGAUCGAUAUUGGUUGCUCGAAGAAUGUGGCACUCAGAGAUAUAUCUGUGAAAAAGUCACAGCCGACGAUUAAUUGAACAAGUAUCAACCGAUGAUAACAGAGAUUAGUUUUCUCGCUAAGGUAAAGCAUCUCUAGGUCGUUAGGAGGGUGAAUUGGGUAACGCCAAUUUUUUUUACUUCCGAGUAAAAAAAGAGAUGUAUAGUAUAGGUCACUUGUUUGUUAAGCUUUACCGUUUUCUGUUUCUUUUUUACCAAAAUUGCAAGCGGGUGUGGUGGCAGGAUCAACCUAAAUAUAAUGGUCGCCCCAAUCUCGAUUUGUUUGACCUGUUUAGUAGCUUGUAUGGGUAUGCUCCUCGACAUGACAUGAUCUUCUUCGCCCCAUUGUCAAUUAGUUUUUGCCUAAAUAACAUGUAAUUUUACUU